AUUGGUCCUCCUCUCUAUGAACAUACAAACUAGAGCAAAGUGAAGAAGAAAGAAGAAAGAAGAAAAAAAGUUUAUUAAUGGCUUCUAAACCAGGGAUUCUCACUGAAUGGCCAUGGACAUUUCUUGGCAACUUCAAGUACUUGGUGAUAGCUCCAUGGGUAAUACAUUCAACAUACUCGUACAUGGUGAAGGACAAAAAUGAGAGAGAUCUCACACAAUUCAUCAUCUUCCCAUUCUUGAUUUCAAGAAUGAUCCACAACCAAGUUUGGAUUUCUUUCUCCCGUUAUCGAACCGCCAAAGGCGCUAACCGAAUCGUCGACAAGAACAUCGAGUUCGACCAAGUCGAUAGAGAACGUAACUGGGAUGAUCAAAUAAUAUUCAAUGGGAUAUUGUUCUAUGUGGGACAAAUGUAUAUAAAAGAGGCACAUAAUUUGCCAUGGUGGAGAACAAUGGGGGUAGUUUGGACAAUUUUGCUUCAUGCUGGUCCAGUGGAGUAUCUCUACUAUUGGCUGCAUAGAGCAUUGCACCACCAUUAUCUCUACUCUAGAUAUCACUCUCACCACCAUUCCUCCAUUGUAACCGAACCAAUCACAUCUGUGAUUCAUCCAUUCGGGGAGCACAUAGCGUACUUCGUGCUAUUCGCAAUACCGUUGUUAACAACACUGUACAGCGGCACUGCUUCGAUGAUUUCAUUUGCUGGCUACAUAACUUACGUUGAUUUCAUGAACAACAUGGGCCACUGCAAUUUCGAGCAUAUUCCGAACCGCCUCUUCUCUCUCUUUCCUCCCCUCAAGUACCUCAUGUACACCCCUUCGUACCACUCCCUCCACCACACUCAAUUUCGAACAAACUACUCACUCUUCAUGCCGUUUUACGACUACGUAUACGGUACGAUGGACAAAUCUUCCGACACAUUGUACAAACGCUCCCUCGUCAGAGACGAGGACUCACCCGAUGCGGUGCACCUCACUCACCUAACCACACCCGAAUCCAUAUACCAUCUUCGGUUAGGGUUCGCACACUUGGCAUCCGAGCCUCAUAAAUCUAGUAACGGCUACUUGUGGCUAAUGUGGCCUAUCACCCUAUGGUCGAUGAUGGUGACGUGGAUUUACGGAUGUACGUUCAUUGUCGAACGGAACAUCUUCAAAAACCUUAAGCUUCAAACAUGGGCCGUCCCCAAAUAUAGCGUUCAAUACUACAUGGAGUGGCAGAGAGAGUCGAUCAACGGAAUGAUCGAGGAAGCUAUCCUAGAAGCCGACGAAAAGGGGAUUAAGGUUUUGAGCUUGGGUUUAUUAAAUCAGGAAGCGGGGUUGAAUAGAAACGGCGAUCUUUUCUUGAAAAGGCACCCUAACCUAAAAGUGAAGUUGGUCGACGGGAGUAGUUUAGCCGUUGCUAUUGUUGUGAAUAGUAUUCCGAAGGGAACAAAUCGUGUGGCCAUUCGUGGCAAUUUAUCGAAGGUUGCGUAUUCGAUCGCACUUGCCUUAUGCCGAGGGGGAAUUGAGGUAUUCACAUUGCAUGAGAAUGAGUAUAAGAAGCUCAAAGCAAAUCUUGGCAGUGAGGCCGGUAAUAAUUUAAUCCUCUCGAAACACAAUCUUCCAAAGACAUGGUUAGUGGGAGAUGGACUAAGCGAAAACGAACAAAUGAAGGCGUCGAAAGGAACAAUAUUCAUUCCUUACUCUCAAUUCCCUCCGAAGAAAAUUCGUAAAGACUGCUCGUACAACAACACACCGGCAAUGCUUGUACCAAAACAUCUUGAGAAUGUCGACUCGUGUGAGAAUUGGUUGCCGAGAAGAGUGAUGAGUGCAUGGCGAAUCGCGGGAAUAGUGCAUGCGAUGGAAGGAUGGGGUGUGCACGAGUGUGGAGAUAUGAUGUUCGAUAUUGAGAAGAUCUGGCAAGCUUGUCUCGAGCAGGGGUUUCGCCCCCUCACGGAAUCGAAGACGAACUAGAUAUACUAGAAGUUUCUAGAAGUCUCUUCAGAUGUCAGAUUUGAGUGUUUGUGUACACGUGUCCUUAUUUAUAUUCUCCCACAUCGAACAAUGUAUAAGGAAAAAAGAUGUGGUGAUUUGUGUGUGAUUCAAUAAUAUAUGUAGUACAAUACUGUAAUUGAAUUUGUUUGUUAAUAUAAUAAUUAUAAUAUUUUA